CCAAGUGAUAGUGAUUUCUAGCCAGCCUCCUCUCGAUCAUAUCUCAUCAUGGCACCCGUCACACAGAUCAUGUACUUUAAGACCUCUUUGUCCUAUCUCCAGGAUCCUGCUUGGUUAAUUUCUGAGCUUGCGACCCAGAGUUCAGUAGCCAAAAUCAAAGGGCUUUCUAAGUGAGUCACUUGGUUUCGAGACUGAGGAUCUGAGCAAUGCAUUCUGGGUCUUCGUAAGUUGAGUUUGCGACAUACUAAGUCUAAUCACGUUGCACUACUUGCAGAGUGGAUUUCCAAGUCUGCACAUGACACAUAUCAUCAGACAGACACUUUCAAGGACAUUUGCCGGGUUCUCCAACACUAGUCGGAUCUUUUCCGCUCCAGUGACGGAAUUUGUCACUUUCACUCUCAAGAGAGGUGUCAGCAUGAACGUGCUUCAGCCCCUCAUCAAACGGCUUCAGGUCAAGCUGUAAGGAACACCCAAGUUCUACGGCUCGAGCUGGGCACCUGUUGUUGAUAAGCCCAACGUAGUUCACGGCGUGUUAGGAUGGGAGUGUGCAGGUAAUUCUGACAUUGUGUAAGCACGCUGGCUUACCUUUUGGUGUAACGGUUAUGCGGGCGGCAGUCUGACCAUGUUACACAUUGGUUCCUCUGGUUCACCUAGUUAACAGUCAC